AUGCGUAGCAUCGCAUCGGCUGCGGUGUCGCUCCUCUCGUGGCGAACACUGGCUCUGAUUCUGGCUCUCCUCAAUCUGAAGAACCUCCCACUUGCCUGGCAUUUCCGUUUAUUGUAUCACUUCCUGGGCAACGUGCGCCUCAAGCCUACUGCGCCAUUCUUCCUGAAGGGGCGUGCAAUUGUGGAUGCCCGAGGAAACCCGACACAUCCGGUCUUCGUGCCAUGUAGCGUCAAGUCCCGGACGCCGUUGCUGGAGACUGACUAUAACCUGCACAAGUCCAACAGCACCUACUUCACCGAUCUGGAUGUCUCGCGUACGGCGCUUGUCACUCGACUCUACAGCCCCGGUGUGGGUCUUGUGAGCAAAGAAUUGGAUCAAGAAUUCUUAGUUGCAAGCCAGAAGGAGGGCAAGAAGCCUCCCAGAAAGCUGCCUGUCAUGGUUGUCCUCGGCUCUGUUUACUGUAGCUUCAAGCGCGAGAUCAAGCCAUACGAGCUGUACGAGAUGCAGUCUAGAGUUAUCUCCUGGGACAAGAAGUGGAUGUACAUUCUUACGGCGUUCCUGCGGCCUGCCAAGCGAGCCGGUGGGGAAAAGACACUUCUGGCCACUGCUAUUAGCAAGUAUGUGGUGAAGAAGGGCCGUCUGACUGUUUCGCCGGAGCGACUCUUACGUACUGGAGGCUUCCUCCCUGCACGACCGGUAGAAAGUCAGGUCCCGAGUGCAUUGGAUUCGUCCGUGGAAACCUCCGCCAUUGGUACACCAGCUAGCGGAGACGGGAUUACUGCCACUGGCGUAGAUGGCUCCUUGGUGCGACAGGCUCUCAAGAUUAGUGAAGAUCAGAUGCCUGACCAAGAUACACUCGAGCAAGAGAAGAAGGCCAAUUCAGACUCCUGGAGCCCUGAGGAAUGGCCUUGGGAGCGGAUUGAGGAAGAGCGACUCCGAGGCUUGGCGGUCGUGGGGCCUUAUAUCAACAUGGAUGCCAAGUUAGAGCACGAGGUGACUGGUAAAUAG